AUGACUCUUAUAAGUAGGAGUCGAACUGGGAUCGCCUUGGUGAUGUUGUGUACAUUGCUUUUCACAUUCCACGUGCUUACUCGUGACGUUAAGAACCCCAGCCGUUCCGAUCCAUGGAUCCACUACUCAGACAAUAGUUUCCGAGCAGAAAACCAACGAUUUACUAGUAUAGAAGAAUGCAGAGAAAACUUCGAACAGAGAAACCGGAGUCGUCAAUGGUUUUGGUCGCCGUCCUAUAGAAACCCAUGCUGGACUAACAACAAAGGAGAGUUAGGUUGUGUUCCCUACUUCUUUGUGCUAGGAUUUCCUAAAUGUGGCACCACAGACCUCUUCGAAAGGAUAAAACUACAUCCGGGUUACGUACCUCCAUUGUUUAAGGAAAUCCAUUGGAUAACAAGAUACCGGUUCUUUCCGCUUAGUAGAGACGCGAAAGGACAACGUACCAGAGACUUUAGUCCCUCCACGAUCUGGGACACAGACCUGUAUAUGCAGCUCCCAGAAAACAAAGACAGGAUCGUGCCAGUUCUUACACCAGGCAACUUUGUCUACGACAUGAAUCCUUGCGCUAAGCUGAUCAUUAUGUUAAGAAAUCCGGUCAACAGACUCUAUUCAGAUUACCUACAUUUCUAUAAUCGUAAGUCUCCCCAACAUUUCCAUGAUAUUGUGAUAAGUACUAUAGACCUCUACAAAGACUGUUUCCGGAAGUGGGGAAUCAGACCGUGCGUCCAUCAUUACUACUUGGAGGCGACGGGAAAGGCUCGCCUUCGUCUUGGAAUUUAUUAUAUAUACAUUUCUGAUUGGUUGGAAAAGUUCCCACGUGACCAAUUCCUAUUUAUCCGAUUAGAAGAUUAUGCUGUUGACACAAAGAGCCACCUUCAGGAGAUUUUUCAUUAUUUAGAUUUGCCUCCUACAUCUGAAGAUCUUUUGAAUGAAAUGUCUUCCGCCGCACCGAAAAACACAAGGCAGGACCGGAAGGAAGAUAGUGACGCGCCACCUAUGUUACCGGAAACACGAGUAGCACUGGAACAAUUUUAUGCACCGUACAAUAAAAAACUAGCAAUUUUGUUAAAUGAUAAACGAUAUGAUUGGUAG